AUGUGUUGGAUACAUUAUUGGUCAAUGAACGAAAAUUAUGAGCAUAUGGAGUAAUGCAUAUGACAUCAAUUUAUAUCAUAUACACUUAGAAUUAUGUGGGCUAAAACUUAGAAAAGUUUAAAUCAAGCAACUAAAGAAUGCAUUUACAAAUAAUUUGAUGCAAAGAGUGAAUUUUUUCACAGUGCAAAAGGUGAGUUGGGUAAGGGACAUACCCGUGAUCCUAUCGUGGACUCUACUGUUCCAUUUAUAAAGGAAACUGUCAUUUUUAGCAAAGAUCUAUCGUUGAAUCUGCUGAUCCAUUUAUAAAGAACACUGUCAAUUUUAGGAAAAAUCACUUCAUGUAGACUAGUGUCAUCAUCAUCAGUUUGUCGACACAGAAUGUACCGUGCUGCUUUUCCAGCUCAGUGGGUUGUAACUUCAUCAGUCAGUCAAAGUAACAACUCUCCUGCCUUUUUUACAGGAUGCACUGAUGUUUUACCAUUAUUAACUGUUGAUCAGUUUGCAGCUUCUAGAGCUCCAGUUAAUAUAGCCACAAGUAGCGGUGUACUUACUCUCCCUUCUCAUGCAGACCUUGUACGAUUGGGUGUACCACCUACAUUUCUGAUGGUGAACAAGAGAGGGCCAGUUUCACCUCAUUACCUACCUGCUGUGAAUUAUCACCACACACCUCGACGCAUUCCACAACUAGCAUCUGUCAACCACAAAACUAAAGAAAAUCUUGAAGAGUCAACAAGCAGUGUUGAUAGUGGUUUAUUUUCUCACUCUCCCACUCCUACAGCUGCUGGAACCAAAACACAAAAACAGGCACUAGCUAAAACCAAACUCGAGAAUACAGAAGCUCUGUCCCUUGGAAAAGGUGUAAAAAGACAGUUGGAAUUUCCUUCACCAUCAACUAGUCAACCACAUCCAAAUGGUGAAAUUGCUGAAUCAGAUCCAAAACGAAAACCUCCAAGUUUUUCUCAUCACUCUUUAUCACAGACAAAUUUUUCAAGUACUUCACAGCCUCCAGAUCUGCUGAAUGGAGAACAGUGGGAUCAGUUAUCAAAAGCAGUCUGGGACCAUUUUGUAAAUAGUAGACAGACAGAUGAUAUGUACAGAAGAAAGAUGGAUCUUAGGCAUGCUAUUAUGAGUAUUCUGCAAAAUAAAUUUCCAU